AUGUCUACUCCUCAAAAACUAACCAAGAAGCAGAAGAAGGCUAUUGCUUUCCGUGAACGCAAGUCGGGCAAAAAUGUUCAUGGCCACGCGCAUAGCAUGGAGGUUGACAGUAUUCCUGUCGUGGAAAUCCAGGACGACGUUGAUGGCUCGGGUGAUCAGGUGGAGGGUGAAGAGGUGGGUGAGGAAAAGAGUAAAAAGGCGAGCAACAAAGGCAAGGCGAAAGCCAAGAUUGAUGACGGUGAAGGCGAGGCUCGGGAUAAGAAAAAGAGGAAAGCGGGAAGUAACCUCAAAUACACGACAUCCUUGGACACAAUCAAAGCUCAUUUUGCUGCUUGUGGUCUACCCACCACCGAGUGUUCGUUUACUUACACCAAAACCACGCCCGGAAAGACUACGACAAAAUCCAAAGGUUGCGCGUUUCUUGAAUUCACGCAUCGAAAUGCAUUGCAGCAGGCACUCAAACUACAUCAAUCUCAACUGGAUGGCCGUUUGAUUAAUGUCGAGUUGACAGCAGGAGGUGGCGGAAAGGGAGAAACUAGGAUACAAAAGGUAAAAGAUAGAAACAGGGAGCUUCACGGCCAAAGAAAAGAGAAACUGGAAAAGCAAGCCAAAGACGGGGCACUCAUAUCGACAACGGCACGGCCUCAACGGUAUUCUGCAACGUCCGGGGUGGAUCAAGCGCCGUCGAAGAUGCGAACAUGGACUAUUGGCGAUACGGUAGAAAGUGAAACACACCGUGGGGGCGUCAAGCACGACAAGAGUAGAAAACCACGAGGGGGGAAGGCCUGGGGGACUGGGGUUAAUGCGAUACCCGUUGGUUAGCCAGCCUUUGUUUAAUGUGCUCUUGGGUAUCAUAUUAAUAUAAGUGCAUGUCUAUCCAUAUCAUGCAUAUAGGUGCAUAAUUUACUGUCCGUCGAAUGUACAGGUUCCCGCCCUGCAUAGUGAUCCUUAUGAUACCAGAAUAAAGACCAGGAACUGCGAAAACACGGUCAGUUAUUGAACCAGCCUCCAUGAGCAAAACUACAGACGCACGAAGACAAUAAGAACCCCAAAUAUUUUCAGCAUCAGCCACCGAUUACUUGAAAUACUAGCAUAAUACUUCAAGAGUUCUCGUUGUGCACCACU